CGGCCCGCGGCGCGACCCCCGCCCCGUCCGGCACCGCCACCGCGGCCGCCUCCCGCAACCUUCCGGCACCGUCCGUGGCGCAGGCGCUCGGAAUCCUUCCCGGAGCCGCCCCGUCCCUUCCUGCCCCCGCCGGAAGCGGCCGCAGUGCCCGGGAUGGCGGCGGCGGUCGGCGGUGGCCGCGGGGCGGGCGGCAGCAGGGCGUAGCGCCGGGCUCGCCGCCAUGCCCAAGUACUACGAGGAUAAGGAGGAGGACGGGCGCGCCUGCAGCGGCGUGAGGGAGGACCUGCGGCAGUGCCUGCUGGAGAGCCCCUGCGUCCUGCAGGAAAACAAAAGCCCUAAGCAAUGCUUGAGGGAAGGACACUGUAGGAGUUUGCAAGUGACAUUCUUUGCAUGCAAAAGAUCAAUGUUGGAUACCAGGGCAAGAUUCAGAGGAAGGAAGGGAUACUGAAGUCCUCAUCAAGAGACCUCACCAUGGAACUUUGGGGUUCAUCAGCACUCUACACAAAACAGAGACUAAAAUAAGAAGAUGGUACCUGCUGCAUCCUUUCAUGCAGUGUUUUCAUGGAAGGUAUCUACUCCUGAGUAUUCCAACAGAUUGACCUGGAUGUGCAUGUAAAUGUUAAAAAGAAGGCAAGCAUAAUGCUGCAAGUUCUGGCCAAAAUGGGUACCUGUCAUGUACUUGCAAUAAAAAUGUGAAAUCCAGAAUAAGCUGCAGAAGUUAAAAUUCUGUUUUGAAGUGAACUUGUCUUUUGUGACUUUACUGUAAAUUCUGAUAAUCUUUUACUAUUAGAAAUGUAAAGUUCCAAGGUAUGGAACUGGGAGUUCACUUGAUGUGUUGAGGAAGAGUUUCCUUAAUAGAUGACUACCUCAGAGGGUUUCUCAGAAUAGAGCUAUUUUCAGAGAUGAGGAAUUGACCAAGGUUUUAAAAUGUGUGUGCAAGCUGCUUCUUCCCCAGUAGAUUUGCUACUCAAUAAAUCUGUAAUAGAUGAGAGCAGUGCUGUUUUUGAGUUCCACACUGUUAAGGAAGUGGGAUUUAUGGGAGUAAGAAGCAUUAAAUAGUGCUUGAACCAUGACUGUGGUAAAUGUUAACUGGUUCUGUAUAAGACCUGCUUUUCCAGAGGAACAUUUCCUUUUUCUUCCUUCAGUGUCUCCACCUCUUUAAGUGUCAAGCCUUUAAGAAGUAAAUGGUGUUGUAACUCUUACAUGUGGAAAGUCAAAUAACUUCAGACAAGCUGAUUAGAAGCAGAUGAGGAAAUAGUGAGAAGGGAGAGAGCCAUAGUAACUUCUUUUCUUGGCUGAAGUUUAUAGCCAUGUGUCUGAUACACCUUCAGUCUGAACAGAUGCAAGCAACACUUGCUGUGUGUUUCUAAAACUGAUGACUUCAGUGAGUAAGCACAUGUUGACUAUUUAAUUCUCUCUGUCUUAAGCAACUGUUCUGUAAUGAGUCAGAGAAUGUUUAUAUUCCGUGUAUGUGUAGGAUUUUAUUUUUGCCACCUAAAUCAACUCUGACUUCACAUUUCUGUGUUCUGUUGAUCAUGUGGAAGCUAGUUCAUUUGUUCAAGUGCUGUAAGCAUCCUCUGUUUUCCACAGCCUACUUACCAUAUUAUCUUUUUACAUACACUAAAAUGAUCAUUUAUGCCUAUAAGAGUAUUUUUAACUUAACACUCUAAUUCCAAAGUGUUACUCACAAGCCUUUUCCAUGGGGAAAAACAUAAAAAAGGUACUAAAAAUAAAUAUAAAGCCAGAUGGCAGGUAUUUUAAUGUCAGUUAGAGAGGAGUGGCAAUAGUAUGUGAGUUUGCUAGUCAAGGACUCUUCCAUGGUAUGUCCAUGGUAUGCAUGGGUUUGUAGGUUGAUUGUUCAAGUGAUCUUUAUUCCUUUCUCAGCCAUAAUCACUAAGCCUCUCCUAAUGGUGCUGCAGCAGCUCCUUUUGGAAGGGAGCAGAAACAUUGCUACAUCAUAGACAGUCACAUAGUUAUUUCUAGUAAUCAGCUUGAUCCAGUGGAGAUCAAGUGUUAAAAUUAAAUCUUUUGGAUAUUUAUGGAUUUAAUAAUUAACAGAACACAUGUAUUAUUUGAUCCAAUAGAAUGUUAGUGUCAGAACUUCCUAAUGGUUCACUAAACUACCUAGGACAGUAUGAAAAUACUGUAAUAUCAGUAUUUUGAUACUAAUUUGCUCAAGAGACUUGUUCAAUUCCAAUACUGUGUAACAUAAUACUCUGUCUAAAGAUAAGUAAUUAUAUAAUUGUCUUGGGACUUUGAGCAAUGUCCUACUUGAGAGAUAUUAAUGCUCCUUUGGGAAAAAUAAUUCAUUUCAUUAAUGUCCUAAGUCCUAUGCAUUUGAUUACAGCUUUUUCCCUAAUGCACAAAAUGUUUUUAUUUAAAUAUAUUUAUGUUUUUGUCUCAUGCCUUGUGCUACUUUACUGACUUCUACUAAAAAAAAUGCAUGUUUCUAUUCUUUGGUAGAUUUUACAAGAUGAGAUCUAUGAAAUUGUGUUGUUGAGGACCAAUGGUUGGCAUGGUGCCAAAAGGCUAUUACUAGUUUCAGAAUCUCAAAUAUAAGCAGUGCUAAUAAUUUGUAUUGAAUAAGUAAAGAAUAGAGUUUGCAAAGACCUCACUGCUGCUCUUGUUCCUCUCAUUUGUCUUCCAUGUUGGAGAGUGAGAGGGUGCUAAAUGCUCUGCAGACUGACGUUGCAGGCUGUGGCUCUGUGAGUGUUAGAACCUGUGUUACAACAUCCUGUUCCAGCAAUUAAAAUGUUCUCUCUGUGGUUCAGUCCUGAAAACACAAUUAUAUUUACAGAGCUGUAAACACAUACUGCAGAACUGCUCACAUGUUUAUGAUGAUAAAAAGUAGGCUGUGGUCAUUUAUUCUGAAAAUUCUUUAGGCUGUUAACUGUUCUUUCAAGUUAGUACAGAGUGAUAAGCAUAUGAGUCUGUUUAACAAAGGCCCAUGUGUACAUACGUUGAAAAGUGAGGGAAAGGGGUUGGUGUUUAAAAAGUAUCACACAUUUAGUAUUUAAGAUGUGCCUCUCAGGAGGAGAUAAAAUACAAAGUAUCUUUAAAAAACCCUCACUUUUGAAAUAUUUUCUGCAGCCGGACUGGGUGCAUUUGUAUUAUAAAGAGCUUCAUUAUUCACUGGGUGGCAUAAGGAAUUGGUUGUCCAGACUCUCUUCACUUCUUAAAGUUUCUGGAGAGUAGCAGGUUGGAUGAGAUGCUUUUUUUCAAAGAAAACAUUUAAAAUUAUAUGUUUUCAGUGAAAGCCUGGAACAAACUACAUUGACACCUUCUACUCAUAAAAACGACAUUAAAUGAAGUCAUCAUCUAAAAAUGCAGCCACAGAAUGUAGGUGGUAAGCAGUAUCUGUUGUUCAAGCCUGUAGUUAGAAAAUUUACAAAUACAGAACUCUGGCAGCUUUGUUAGCAUGAUGAAUUUUAUGCUGCCUUGAUAUGUGGUCAUUUAGAAUACGCAUAUUUAUUGUAAAUAUGUGUCUUGUCUAAAGCUGAAGAGCACAACAGCUUAAUUCCAGUCAUAAGUUUUAGUUGACAGAAUAAUAACUAGAAACCUUAAGAUCCUUUCUCAUUUUUCUUUUUCCAAAUCUGCCUGCUGAAUUUUCUGUCUCUGGCAUGAUUUUAUUGCAGAUAUCUUCAGAAAAAUCAUUAACCAGUUAUUUCUGUAAGUGGCACACUUCACAGUGGCUUGGUUGACAGUCUGUAGGAAGAAAAUUCUGUAAACAUAGAGAGCAGCUUCUUGAAGUGGACUGUGCUUUGUUUUCAGGAUUUACAGUAGGUUCAUUUAUAAUGUUCUUAAACACUGAAAGUGGAAGAAGCAACAAGGUUAGCAUUUUAACAGUUGCUUAAUUAGGUCAGUAGAAGGUGAUAUAUUUCAAGUAAUAAUGUAUUUUAGUAGCUGAACACUGGAAAUAUAUUUUUAUGUCAAGCUGAGGUUGGUGUGUCCUGAUGGAGGCUUUCAUAUGCAAUAUUCUUUUUUGGCUGGCCUGUAGGUACUAAUGGGCUGCAGUGAAAUGGAACGGAAUAAUUUCCCUAAAGAUUUUUUAGUAACAGAGGAAAUCAUACAAGUAAAUCUGUGACCUAGAACAAGAUUUUUAAAAUCUGUACUAUUGCUACUAUUGCUUUAAAAGGAGCUACGGAAAAAUAGCAAAGCAGGAAUUGGCUUGUAAUUCAUAAGUUCUAAUCAUAAACAGUGGUACUGUAAAAUUGUAUUGUGUUGUCUUUCAUUACUACUCAAAGGAAGAGGAAUAUGAACUUUCCCUAGUCAAUUCUGACAGGAACUUUGGAGGCUUUUUUGGUAGGGAAAAUUUUGAAGUCUUUCUGAGGUCACAAAGGUCUGAUGUUUAUUAGCUAUUUUCUCCAGGUUUUGGUUCUGUAGCAGCUGUACCUCACGGUCAUAGCAGGAUGAUUUCUGGGAUUCUUACUGGGAAGAAAUCUGUUACAGGUUGCUGGAUUGUUGGCAUGCUGAGGAAGAUAAGACUAAAUAGUACGUUGAGGGGAUUGAUAAUUGGACGUGUAAAAAUUUGUAUUGGUCAAUUGAUGGGCAAAAACUCCAUAAAGCCCUUUAUCAGCUGAGACUGGACAUUCCGAUCCCUUCCUGCUUUAUAUUAGCAGUUAAGGUCAUAGUUUGACACCUUUCAUCUAGUCUGACCUUCUGUGAAGCUUUUUAUGCCAGAGAAAGGCAUCAGCUCUUGAAAAUGACAUAAAAUCUGAUUAUAUUUUCUCUUGAUAGAAUAUUUCAAUAGCCAGUAAUCCCUCUGUAGAAAGAGCAUGUGUGUAUUGUGAUUACAAUUUGACUUCAGUUUUCACUUCUUGGAGAAGAAGAGGGGAUGGCUCUGUAAAGAGGUGAGUAGUAUCUUAUGUUGUCCUGCUGGAAUGCAUUUGAAUGUUAAAAAAAAAAAAAAAAAAGUUGCAAUGAAAUGCAUGAGUUGACUUCCUAAAAUCUUGUGUUAUACCUGCGUUCCUUAGUCCCAUUACAGGGGGGGAUUUGCAAUCUUCUUCUAGGAAGGAGAUAAACCUCUAUUACUGAUUUUUUCAUUGAUCUCUGUACAGGUAAAAUCCCUGCUUUCUUUUUACACUAUUGAUUGUGCUUCCAAGGUGAGUGUCGCAUUUUGUCACUUAACACACCACGUUAAGUUGAGAUCUCCUGUUCAAUCCCCUGUCCCUUAUGACCUUGAUGCCUUUUUCAGAGUCAGUAGUUUUUCACUCUGGUGUUUUCCCAGUGUAUGGCUUGUUUUGCCAGGGUAUAGCUUUGUGUUCUUUUCCUGGAUGUAUAACCUGAGAUGUGGCUAUUGAAGAAUAAUAGAAGUUUUGAACAGUAUGCUUUACCAUCUGUUGCAGAACUUCUGUGUGAUGGCCCAGUUCUUUUGUUCAUCAGUGUCAGUUGUUGGCUUGUCCACAAAUAAAAUUGGCAGUGAGUUUAUGCAUAUGUACACACCUUUGAAGAAAAUGUGAAAUAAUCUUAAACCUGGAAAUGAUCCCAGAGCAGCUCUCUAAGUACUCUACUGAAAUACAACUCCCUUCUCUUUCUGAGGCUUUGUUACAUAUAGAUUAGGAAAACAUAAUCUUAAAAAAAAAAAUCAGGUAAAUGGAAAACCUCUCUAGCAUAUCCAUUCCUACCCUGCUGUGUUUUCUUGUAUUUUGCCCUGGGUAAUUCAGACUGCUCUGCCUACAAAUAACAUGGUGAUUCUCCACAUCCUCCAACACUGGUGCAACAAAAGGCCCUUCUGGUCCCUUGGGCUUUAGUGCUAUUUCAAUUCCCUAAUACUAAAUGGAUAUCAAUAGUAAACAUCGUUCUUCCAGAGUCCUUGGUGGGGAGCUGUCCAAAUCUGCUGUUUAAAAAGGUUGUACUUUGAUUGAUGAUGAUUAAUAAUGUCAUUGGCUGCAAAUAAACUCUGAUUUUUUUUCUGUC